AUGGUGCCCCUGCUGCGGCGCCUUUUGGGGAACGUGGCCUUGGCAAGUUCCUGGACCUCUCUGAGCCUUGGGGGCCACCCUCUGGACACCCCACACCUUCCACGGGAGCUGCCUCCAGGACUCUCUGAAAAUAUCAAUAUGACUUUCUUCAAUGGGGUGUUUAAAAAUGUGGAAGGUGUGGCUGACAUUUUUGACUGCCUGGGCUCCCACUUCACCUGGCUGCAGGCCGUCUUCACCAACUUCCCCGCGCUGCUCCAGUUUGUGAAUGGUAUGAAGUGUGUGGCUGGCCUCUGCCCCCGGGACUUUGAAGACUACGGCUGUGCCUGCAGGUUUGAGAUGGAAGGGCUGCCUGUCGACGAGUCUGAUGGCUGCUGCUUCCAGCAUCGCAGGUGCUACGAGGAGGCUGCUGAGAUGGACUGUCUGCAAGACCCUGCCAAGCUUAGCACGGAUGUCAACUGCGUCAGCAAGAGUAUCACAUGUGAGUCCGGGGACGCUUGUGAGCGCCUGCUGUGUACCUGUGACAAGGCUGCUAUAGAGUGCUUGGCUCAGUCCAGUAUCAACUCUUCCCUGAACCUUCUGGACACUUCCUUCUGUCUGGCUCAGCCUCCAGAGACAACCAGCAGGAAAGAGCUGCUGACACUUCUCCCCAGAGUGGUUCGUGUGGAACCCACGGACUCCAGCCUGUUGGCACUCUCAGGAGAAGUGGUGGCUGAGACCAGAGCUGACCGACUGACCACUCUUUCCAGGACAAAACCAGGCCAAGACCAGGAAGGCACAGAAGAUGCUAGGGCCACACCUUCUCCAGGGUCUGCAGAGAUUGUGGCCACAGCUAAAGGUGUAACCACUGUCCCCACCGGCAUUAAAUCUUUGGGGUUGGCUGUGUCAUCCGUCAAGAGUGGUCCUGAGGAGACAUCUGCAAAAGCCUGUGACAGGUUCACCUUCCUGCACCUGGGAAGCGGGGACAACACUUGGGUGAUGCCACAGCUUGGAGAGAUGCUCUUUUGUCUGACAUCCCGGUGCCCAGAGGAAUUUGAAUCUUACGGCUGUUACUGUGGGCAGGAAGGACAAGGCGAGCCGAGGGAUGCCUUGGACAGGUGCUGUUUGUCCCAUCACUGCUGCCUGGAGCAGGUGAGAAGGCUGGGCUGCCUGCUCGAGAGGCUUCCUCGGUCACCAGUGGUGUGCGUGGAUGGUACCCCCAAGUGUGUGGGGCAGGGCCUGUGCGUGAAGCUGCUCUGUGCCUGUGACCAGACAGCGGCCGAAUGCAUGGCCUCUGCCUUCCACAACCAAAGCCUCAAGUUGCCUGGCAGACAAGAGUGCCAGGGCAACCGGCCGUCCUGCGAGGAUGGCGGGGCUUCAGCUUCCUCCCUUGGCUCCAGCUCCGAGGAGAACAGCGAGGAGGCCCCGCCCCACACAGAGGGCCUGAGAAGAACCAGAAGAUUCCUGGGGAAGUCACCUGGUGUCUUGGCGACCAGGCCACAACCUGGCCCCAGAUAGAUUCCUGGAGAAAAUGACCAGCACACCUUGUCAUUCUGUCCCUCCUGCUACAUAACCUCUCUGGGCCCAUCUCCAUCCUCCCUGUCCUCAG